AUGAGAAUGCUACUUGAAUUAUCCGAGGCUCUUCCGAGCAUUGUAAAGCGCAAGUUUGAGGCAGCAAAGGCAUCUUCGGAUCUGCUGUUUUCGCCUUCUGAGCUGGCAAUCAUCCGCACAUCAACAGGCAUCCCCUUUCAAUUGCGCUAUUGUCCGUCGCUCGCGAAGAAGCCCCUACCAAAUCUUCCAGGUGCUACACCCAAGCAGAAGAUCGAUCCAUUCGAAAACCCGCCAGAAGCACUCCGCAUCGCAGACAUCCCCACCAUAGACCCCUCCCACGUCCUCGUCCUCAACAAGUUUCCUAUCAUAGCCGAGCACUUCAUCCUCGCCACCAAAUCAAACAAGAAGCAGACACAUGUACUUGAGCAAGAUGACCUGGAAGCAACCUACGCUUGUUUGAAAGAAUGGCAGGAGAGCACAGGCGACCAAAAGAGGCGGCUUCUCGCCUUCUUCAACUCGGGUGAGCAUAGUGGCGCAUCGCAGCCUCACCGGCAUCUGCAAUUCCUACCCGUAGAAGGUAUGCGCGAUGGUGACAAGACCAGCAGCUGGGACAUGCUCAUAGACAGUAUCCUGGACACCACCGGACAAUCGACCACAGCACGCGAUAUACCAUUUGCAUUUUUCCCCCGUCUAUUCAAUUCGGAGCCAUCUGGCGCUGAACUCCUCGCCAUGUACAAGGAGCUAUACGAGUCCGCAAAAGCAGCAGUCGACGCCUUCAUCUCCUCUCACCCAGACCAAUUCGCCCUUCACCCCGUAGACGACGGCGACCUGCCCAUCAGCUACAACCUCGGUAUGACAACAAGCGGCAUGGUCGUCAUACCCAGGCGCGCCGAGGGUACCAUGCUUCGCCGCGAUGACGGCAGCGAAGUCGGCUUCGUAGCUCUGAACGGCACAACACUAGGCGGUACCAUGAUGGUCAAGCACCAGGAUGAGUGGGACAUGCUACGCAACAAUCCUGUCCUGCUAGACAAAAUCCUCGGUGCGAUUGAAGUAGAGUAG